CACAUCAGCCACUGCAGCCAGAGCCAAACCCCCGCCGCCCGUGCAGACGAUGGAGAGGCGGAUCUGAUCUCAUCGGAUCUACCGACAAACAUGCUGCUCGAUCAAGCCCGCUUUCCCCGCAAAAUCACCGACUUGAUUGAUAUGUGAACUGAAUCAGGCCACUGUCAGAUCCAGCAGAAGUCGCGGUCAUGUACUCUGAGUGGCGCUCUUUACACCUGGUGGUCCAGAGCGAUCAGGGGCACCUGAGCGUCUUACACACUUACCCAGCCGGCGUGGGUCGAGACGUGGCAAACGCUGUGGUGCGGCCCCUGGGAAACAGCCUCGGAGGAGCGCCGUCUGAGUGCCUCCUCAAGACUGACAAGGAGGUGAAAUGGACCAUGGAGGUGCUGUGUUACGGCCUGACGCUCCCGCUGGAUGGAGACACGGUUAAGUUGUGUGUGGAUGUCUACACUGACUGGAUAAUGGCCCUGGUGUCUCCACGAGACUCUAUACCCCAGCCCAUCAUCAAAGAGCCCAACCUCUACGUCCAAACCAUCCUCAAACACUUGGUCAACCUUUUCCUGCCCAGACCAGAGCACUUCAGCCUGGUGCACUUUAAAUUGUGUCAGCAAGUGCUGUCAGCAGUGCAGAAGUUGGCACGUGACUCGAACGGCAUGGCCAGAGAGACCUGGGAGGUGCUGCUUCUCUUCCUGCUGCGCAUCAAUGACACGCUACUGGCCCCGCCCACUGUGGGAGGUGGAAUAGCAGAGAAGCUGGCAGAGAAGUUGAUCAGCGUGCUGUUUGAGGUUUGGUUCCUGGCCUGCACUCGCUGCUUCCCCACGCCGCCCUACUGGAAGACGGCCCGAGAGAUGCUGGCCAACUGGAGACAUCACCCUCCGGUGGUGGAGCAGUGGAGUAAAGUCAUCGCUGCUCUCACUUCCAGGCUGCUGCGGUUCAUGUACGGCCCGUCCUUCCCUCCGUUUAAAGUGCCAGAGGAAGACGCCAACCUCAUCCCUGCAGAGAUGGACAACGACUGUGUGGCUCAGACGUGGUAUCGAUUUCUACACAUGCUCAGUAACCCUGUGGACCUGAGCAAUCCCGUCAUAGUGAGUUCCACCCCAAAGUUUCAGGAGCAGUUGUUGGGGGGAAACAGCGUUCCUCACGAGGUCAUUCAGCACCCCUGCCUCAAACAGCUGCCUCAGAUCUUCUUCAGAGCGAUGAGGGGUGUCAGCUGCCUCGUGGACGCUUUUCUCGGUAUUUCCCGCCCCAGGUCAGACAGUGCUCCGCCCACACCUGUCAAUCGGCUCAGUAUGCCGACGCCCCCAACGACAACCAACACUACACCCCCUCACAACCGCAGGCACCGCCCCACCGCUGUUGUCAAGACAACCAGCAAAACCUCAACGACUGGUCAGACCAAAGUGUCGCACCAGACAUCAUCCACAUCCCCGCUCUCCAGCCCAAACCAGACGAGCUCCGAGCCGCGGCCGCUUCCGGCCCCAACCCGGCCGAAGGUCAACAGCGUGCUCAAUCUGUUUGGCCAGUGGCUGUUUGACGCUGCGCUGGUCCACUGUAAACUCCACUCCAGCCUGAGCAGAGACAGCAGCAUGACAGCCCUAGCGACUCAAGCUGGAGUUGAACUGAGACGUAAAGGCUCUCAGAUGUCCACGGACACCAUGGUGUCCAACCCAAUGUUCGACGCCAAUGACUUUCCUGAUAAUUACGAGUCGGGGCGAGCCGAAGCGUGUGGGACGCUGUGCAGGAUCUUCUGCAGUAAGAAGACGGGAGAGGACAUUCUUCCAGUGUACCUGUCCAGGUUCUACAUGGUCCUCAUCCAGGGUCUUCAGAUAUCGGACUUCAUUUGCAGGCCGGUUUUAGCCAGCAUCAUCCUCAACUCUUCGGCUCUGUUCUGCUCCGAUCUCAAAGGGAUCAAUGUUGUGGUUCCUUACUUCAUAUCUGCGCUGGAGACCAUCCUACCGGAUCGAGAGUUGUCUAAGUUUAAGUCGUACGUGAACCCCACUGAGCUGAGAAGAGCUUCCAUCCAUAUCCUGCUGUCCAUGCUUCCUCUUCCUCACCACUUUGGCAACGUCAAAUCAGAGAUUCUGUUGGAGGGGAAAUUCAGCAAUGAUGACAACUCUCUUCAUGACAAGGCGGUCACCUUCCUCUCCCUGAAGCUGCGAUUGGUCAAUAUUUUGAUUGGCUCCCUGCAAACAGAGACAGACUCGAUCAAUACACAGAUGAUACUAGCGGCGAUGCUGAAUAUCGUCCAGGAUUCGGCUCUGUUGGAGUCUGUUGGUGCUCAAGCUGAAGUGGGCAGCGUGGACGGAAGCCAUUCUCAGGCUAAGAGCCACAGUCGUAAUAACAGCGGCAUCAGCAACGCUAGCGCAGGCAGCUCCGAGGCUACGACUCCAGACAGCGAACGCCCCGCGCAGGCCCUGAUGAGGGACUACGCUCUCCACACAGACACGGCGGCUGGGCUGCUGAUCCGCAGCAUCCACCUGCUCACCCAGAGACUCAACUCUCAGUGGAGACUCGACAUGAGCAUCUCACUGGCUGCCCUUGAGCUGCUGGCUGGCCUCGCCAAGGUGAAGGUGAGCGUGGAGUCGUCGGAUCGUAAGCGUGCCGUCAGCUCUGUGUGCAGUUAUAUCGUGUAUCAGUGCAGUCGUCCGGCUCCGCUUCACUCCAGAGAUCUGCACUCCAUGAUCGUCGCUGCUUUCCACUGCCUGUGCGUCUGGCUCACAGAGCACCCCGAUAUGCUCAAUGAGAAGGAUUGUCUGAUCGAGGUGUUGGAAAUUGUCGAGCUCGGCAUCUCGGGCAGUAAGUCCAAAACCGGCGAACAGGAAGUGAAGUACAAAGGUGACAAAGAGCACAACCCGGCGUCGAUGAGGGUCAAAGAAGCUGCUGAGGCCACGUUAUCCUGUAUAAUGCAGGUGUUGGGUGCGUUCCCGUCUCCCAGCGGCCCCGCGUCGCCCUGCAGUCUGCUGAAUGAAGACACGCUGAUCAAAUACUCCCGACUCACUUCCACAUCCCACAGCAACUUCAAAUACUUCGUUCUGGAUAACUCCGUCAUUCUGGCCAUGCUGGAGCAGCCGCUGGGAAACGAGCAGAACCCCUGUCCGUCAGUCACCAUGUUAAUCAGAGGCAUGUCCGGUCGACACGCGUGGACAAUGCAGCUCUUCCAUCAGCCUCGAGGAGCAAGAGCCAAUCAGAAGCAAGUGUUUGUUCCUGAAAACCGACCGGCUCCCAAGAACGAUGUAGGGAUUCGGUUUAACGUCAAGCACAGGCCGUUCCCGGAGGAAGUGGAUAAGAUUCCAUUCGUGAAAGCCGACCUGAGCAUCCCAGAUCUCCAUGACAUUGUGGAUAAGGAGUUGGAGCAGCAGCACAAUAAGCUGCGAGCCGUGAUGGGAAAGCAGAUCGAUUACGAGACGAAACUGGAGCACUGUACGGAGGAGUUAUGGAGGAACAAACCCUUCCCAGACCCGCUGACAGACUGUAAACCGCCGGCUCCCGCUCAAGAGUUUCAGACGGCCCGCCUCUUCCUCUCGCACUUCGGCUUCCUGUCACUAGAGGCGCUCAAGGAGCCUGGAAACAGUCGACUGCCUCCUCAUCUCAUCGCUCUGGACUCGUCUGUGCCGGGCUUUUUCGACGACGUCGGCUACCUGGACCUGUUACCGUCCCGGCCGUGUGACACCGUGUUUAUCUUCUACAUGAAAGCUGGACAGAAGAGCAGCCAAGAGAUCUUGAGGAACGUGGAGUCGUCUGCAAACGUACAGCCUCACUUCCUAGAGCUGCUGCUGUCUCUGGGAUGGCCGGUGGAGGUCAGAGGUCAUCCGGGAUGGACAGGGAGUGUGUUCACCAGCUGGACUAUCAACACAUCCAACGGCGCUGAGACACCAGAUGAUUCAGAGACUCUGGGCGACACUGGCGGCGGUGUGUUUAACGGAGAGAAGCGGGUGCUCUAUUACGCAGACGCUCUGACAGAAAUCGCCUUUGUCGUGCCGUCCCUCAGCGACUCGUCCGCCGAGUCAUCAGAGCACAGCUUCCCGACGGCAGACUCAGACUCUCAGAUGGAGCUGUUACCCAGUUUGCUGAAGCAGCCCAACCUGACGCUGGAGCUCUUCCCCAACCACUCCGACAACAUGGGACCCACACAACGAUCCCCGACAGUGAAAAGCAGGAAGUUGCCGUCUGGCAGGACGAUACCACCGUUAGGACCGGACACCAAAGUGUUGGUCGUGUGGGUUGAGCGAUACGAUGACAUAGAGAACUUUCACGUGUCGGAGUUACUAGCGGAGACGAGCACCGGCGUGGAGACGGCCGUCAACAGCAGCACUUCCAGGUCCAGCUCCUCAGAGAAGGACGUUCCCAUAAUAUUCAUCCAUCCGCUGAAGACCGGCCUGUUUCGGAUCAAACUGCACGGCGCUGUGGGCAAAUUCAACAUGGUCAUUCCUCUGGUGGACAACAUGGUGGUCAGCAGGAGAUCACUGGGAUUCCUGGUGCGUCAGACUGUAAUAAACACAUGUCGGAGGAAGCGUCUCGAGAGCGACUCUUACAGCCCGCCUCAUGUGCGGCGGAAACAGAAAAUCGCAGAAAUCGUGAACCGUUAUCGUAACAAACAGCUAGAGCCUGAGUUUUACACCUCGCUCUUCCAGGAGGUCGGUGAGACGAGCCUCAACCCAUAAACGAACACGCAGACCAACGCAAACCAAGGAAUGUCCUCACAUGAAGCCAUUUCCUCUAAAGCACUAUGAAAAUGAACACUAAACUCCAGCAGCCAAUGAUCUGAUGCCAGUCGCUUCUUCAUCUUCCUCUUCAGCUCAUGCGUAUCACUCUUCAUCACGUAGUUCAGUCUGCGCUGAACGUUGUUUCCGUCUGCAGAUGAUGAGGAACGACUGAGAUAUGCUCGUUCACGUCUCAUGUUUGCAUUUUGAUGGUUUAAACUGCUAAUAGCAGAAAAAGUAGGGAUUUUCAGCGCACAGAUCCUUACCAUGAUGCUACUUUACUUCGACUCGUAAUGCAUUUCAGUCGAAACACGUAAGGGCUUAUCAUUUAUUCCUAUUCUUUUAUUGAGUGUUUCUGACACUUUCUCAUUGGCCACAUUUCAUUUAUUCAGCAUGUCCAUCAUCAAAUCAGACUGAAUUCACUGUUUUGACUCCGUAUAGAAAGCACUACAGGAAUAAUCUAUGUAAAAUAUUCCUGUUUCCAUCUGCAUUCAGGAUGGCCUGUGUUUAUUUAUUUAAGUUUUCCUUUAUAAAAGGCCUUCAAAUGCAGACGUCACCCAAACACAGAGCCGGAUAUUGCUGAUAAUAAUUCGUCAGAAGCUCCCUGUUAACGCUGCGUUUCUUUUGUAAGAACAAACUGUAAAGGCUGGUUGCUCGGAGGCGUCUCUUUUUCCGUGUGUAAAUAUUGACGGCAUGGACUUUGUAUAAAGUUUGACUUUCUAUGUAAAUAUACGCAGGUGUGAAGUUCUGCUCACUCAUCUUAUACUAUUGAUUAGGGACGGCACAACAGAUGAACACUUGUUCGUAUUCAUACCAUCAUAUAUGUGUCCAAACAAACAUUGGAUAUUGAAUGUAACACAUGUAAUGGAAUAAAGAUUUUAAAGAAAUUCUUAUCAGAGAAUGGCUGU